CCCGAGGUCUGGGCGCAACUUUUCCGGCAAGACAAGCGUCUCCUCAACCCCGUGCUGCCCUGGCUGCGCCAGCGUCUGGAGGCAAUCUUUGGGGAGCAGUGGUGGCUGGCAACAGGAAGAGAAGCCCUGCUCUUGCAGGCCCUGUGCUUAUGGGGGCUGGACGAGGAGGCCAUGGUUGAGCAACUGCAGCCUGGCCUUGAGGAACAUACAGCAUCCCUGGUCCAUGACCUCAUCGACGUUGUCAUGCGUCGGUGCAGCCAUGAGGCCUUGAGGAUGCUGCAGUCCUUCACUGCCGGCCAAGAGGAGGAGGAGGAUGGACAUGCAGCCAACUCCAACUCCACCACCUCCAGCACCUCCUCCAGCAGCCCUGAAGACUCUGAUGUGGAAGAGCACCCCAGCACGUUGGAGGCCGCUCUGCAGAGGGGUCCCAGCCGCCCUCGGUCUGUGCCUGUCCCUGUGGAGCAGGAGCAGCCCCAGGAAGAGCCGGAGGAGGCGGUGGCAGGUCCCUCUGCCCAGGGCCGCAGCUCCAGACCCUCCGCUCCCAGCCGGG